GAUUCAGAACAUCGAAGCGCGCCAUCAAGAGAAAUGGAUUGCGUGGUGUGGAGCUCCCCAAGACUAUUGCGGACGCUAUUUCAGUCACUGGAGAUCUUGGAAUCAGAUAUCUUUGGAUUGAUUCCCUAUGCAUUAUUCAGGACGAUGAGCAUAAGCAGACCCAAAUUCAGAAUAUGGAUAGGAUCUACGGACUUGCAAGUCUUGUUCUUGUGGCUGCUGCAGGGGCCGAUGCAUUGACUGGUUUGGUGGGAUACGAAGCCAGUCCUAGGCCAACAAUUGAUCAAAUAAGUGGAACAGUUCAAGGCUUGCAACUCGUUAUCUCCUCCCCUCCACUACAGUAUAUUUUGGAAAACUCGAAAUGGAAUACAAGAGGCUGGACAUUCCAAGAGUGGCAUCUUGCUCGUCGAGCUUUGAUUUUCACAGACGACCAAGUCUACUACAUCUGCUCAAGUGCAAGCUACUGCGAAGACAUCGCCCUUGAGAAUUUUCAACCACAUUUACUAAUGAGCUUGAUAUUGGAAAAUUGUAACGCUUCGACAAUGAGACAUUAUCUGCCCAGUAGAUACACUCAGUGCACCGGCAACGGCGGAUGGGUGGAGUACAUUCAGUUAGUUGAACAUUACAGCAAGCGAGAGCUCACCUACGAAUCUGAUACUCUUCUCGCCAUCUCAGGAUUGCUGAACGAUCUGCACCGAGCGAGCAGAAAUCGCUUCUUAUGCCGAGUAUCAAUUGGCUUGUUCCACGACGCCUUAUUCUGGGUUCCAGAAAAUAGAGCAGAGCUUCGGUGGGGUACUGGUGAUACGCCAACUCUCCUCUUCCCAACUUGGUCCUGGGCCUCAGCUAAGAGCGCUGUGAAAUAUCGGGUCUUUCCUGCUAGUGGCAGAUCUUUGAUCGAGGACUGGGCAGUGUGGACAGAUUCUCAACUUGGCAUUCUUGGGACACCCUUGACGGAGCCUCAGAAUGAUCGGUUCAUCGUGGGCAUGACAUUCUUUUCUGACCGUCCGACGAUCAAAGACGCUGAAGCAGAAGCUCGGCGUAGAGGGACAGGACUACUUGGUGCCAAUCAUCUCCAUCAAUACAUUUUGAAGUUCAAAGCUGAGGUAGCGACUCUCCAACUCGUUGGUGGGGUCAUCAAUGAUUUCUCGAGCAGAGGAGAGGCAUUACUCGACCAACGUGGUGCUUAUAUGGGAGUAGCAAUACUCGAUAAGCCAAGGUCUCAGAUCGAAAAAGUAACAGGAGAUUUUGUUAAUGUGCAGUGUAUGGCGAUCUCUGUAUCAAAGUCGAAAAUGCCUUACAUGGACGAACCUGCAUUCACAACUCUGCCAGAAGAUGAAGAGUUGGUGAAUCUCAUGCUUGUAAAGGAGAUGGAGACGUUAUUUUGUAUUAGUAUUGGACUUGGACAGGUUUCGAAAGAUACUUGGGAUGAUUGGGCAAAUGCUAAAAGUAGAGAAAUUCAUCUUGCAUAAUGAACAGGAUAAAUGAUAUGUAG